UUUUCCUCUGCCUCAGAUUAUUUUAAGAGCCUUGUGGAGACUCAAUAUACCCAUUUAUCAACCUAGCAUAACGAUGCCACCUGGUUAGAGGAGGACUAUCGCCGUAAAUACUUGGCUAGAAAGAUACUGCUCGACCUCGCCGGAAUGAACAGGGCGGCCGCAGUGAAUUCAAUCUGCGAUGAUCUUCGGCCAAGUAAUGUCCUUGUCGAUGAGCAAUGUAAGAUUGUCGCCAUCAUAGAUUGGGUGUUUACCUUUGCUGCACCCCCUGAGUUCACGAAUAGUCCUCUAUGGUAGCUCCUUUUGGAUACACCCAAAUACUAGCCUUCGGGUGUAUCUUACUGGGUCAGAGUAUAUGAUUCACGACCCCAGUCUUUUCUUCGAGCGAUGAGGACUCAGGAGAAUAUUGUUAUCCGCGAUGGACACUUAUCAGAGGUAGAAAGACUCUCCGAGGAAAUGGAAAAUAGCUGGAAAUGUGGCACUUUUUGGGUUGUCUACGGGCUAUGCAACAGCUGGACUCUGGAUAAGGCCUGGCCAUUCAUUGAUCAGGCUCUCUUUGGCGGGAAAGAGACGCCCGAGCAGAGACUAGACUUGUUCGACCAGAGGCUCCAGCCCGCUGGACAUGAGCGCGAGGAGACGGGCAGAUUCGUUCAGCGAAAGCCAAGUGAUAGGAAGCAGAGGGCUAGAUCACACGGUAUUUGGGGGUGA